UAGAGAACCGAUGGCGUCGUCUUCUCGAAGUGCGGCUUCCCGCGAAGAACGUUCCGCCAAAGAGACGCGCGGGCUCAUCGUCGAGGCUGACUUGCCGACAUUGGCGUAUCUGCGUCUGAAUCUGGAUCCGCGUCUAAUCUUAGAUGGCUCGAGGAAGAACUCGAUUUUCGUCGUGCGAGGUUGCGAGGAACGAUUGCAGGAACUAGUGGAUGAAUGCAGUAGAAACUGUCGAAAGAAGCCCGACGCCACCGACCAUUUCUCGUCGAGGCGGGGUGGCCAGUAGAUGACUCUCGAAAAUGGACGAACGAUUAGGUGAUGCGACAAGAACGGUUUUUCUUGAAAAGAAGAGAUGUACUCAGCUGCAAGGUAGCUUCGCGUUCGAAAGAACAUACAACUCACAACUGUCAACAUAGCAGCGUCGUCGCAGUGUCGUUCAGGCGCAAAAUAAAACUCCACGCAGAUUUCCGAGAAGAACUGGAACAAUGGGCGUAAGCUCUUUUUUGAAGUACACGUACUGAUACCACGUUAGCGGUAUUGCUAUUGAUACAGAACUUCGGUCAGCAGGGGCAGGACGAUGUCGAGGAAAAUAUCUCGUCUGGAGACGCUUAUUGCGAGAUACAUCGCGGAUGACCCGGAAGACGUGACCCCCACGGACGAGGAGUCUCUGCCGACCAAGAAAUCCGGUGGUGCUCUGAAUGACACUGCUCACUUUGAAUGUCUCCGAUGCUGUCGUGUGAAGCCGGUUUCUCUCAUCCCAGACCCCACUUCACCAGGAUAUGAGGCAGAGGUACAUGCGUCAGGAACUACAGGACUAGUAAAUGGCGUGUCGUUCGAUCCUCGUGAAGAUGAAACAACUAGACACGAAUCUCAACAGCUGCGGAAGCGCAAGGCUGUAGACGGAGAUGACGAAAAGAACGCAGGUCUUGACAGGAGAGCGAAGAAGGUAGCAUCGCAAGAGUCUCAGGUAGACACUGAAACAAGUAGAAUCAAUGCUAUGAGGGCGAAAAUGGACGAAAUUCUUUCCAUCGCGGACGAGAACGAUCCAAGAAAUAUUUUCUCUGCUCGGGGUGUCUUAAAGACGUUGAAACUGACUGGUGGACGACGACGAGUUUUUUGGUGUAACCAUGGUUUUUUAACAGAUAACAUGUUUUUCGGACGCGCUGCUGUGGAAAGCAGUAGAGGCAGUUCUUCUAGUCAUGAGCGGGAAGAACAACUUCAAAGCCAUGUUGACUCUUUCGACAACUCGAGAACAUUGUAUAAUAAUCCUUCACUCGCCUCAUCAACGUCUAUUUCACCUCCACGAGGCACAACUAUAGCGGAUCAUUCCUUGAGCAGCAAAAAUACGCCGUCCUCUUCGUCAUCGUCACCAUUAUACUUGGGUCGGUCACAUCCUCCCGAUUAUGCUAGCGCCGCUAGUAGGCCGUUUCAAAAUGCGGUUGAGAGUAUCGAUGGUCUCCAACACUUGGGGAAUGGCUGUCUUCACGGUCCUGUUUGUGGGAGUUGCGCAGCAUACCUGCAGCUUCAGACUCUUCCGACGUGUCCCGGCUGCUCCGAGCUGCUCGACACGGAGAGGUCAUUUGGCUGGGACCUGCCAGUUCCACGAGUGAUAGCGGAGAAAUGGCGACGUCGUGCGGAAAUACUGAAGAACAGAAGAAGAUCUCCUGCAUCUAGUAGGUUUAAACUUGAACAGAGUCUUCAUUCAGAGGUCAUGGGCGCGAAGGUUGUCCAUUCCGUGUCUUGGCUUGUGCGGGAGACUCGUGGUCUAGUAUUGAAGGGAUUACGUGCUGGGGCAGUGAGCAUAAUGCAUUUGGAUGAUUUCACACCACACGUUACGGCUCUUCUGAGGCAUUCUCGGGCUCGCAUUCGAGGAGGACAGGUCGUAGAGGACGAAGGGGUGGCAUCUUACAGGAGGGUGCUUGAUGAACUGACUAGAGCAGCGAGGGUAAAUAGGCCAUCAUUGCUGAGUACUAGUAGUAGUAGUAGUAGCGAAGCUCGAGAUCCUAACGAACGUAUCCUCGGCGCGGCAAUGGCUGGCGAUGUAGCUUUUUCAGACUCCAACGCGUCUGCGAGAAAUCGGGUUGGUGACGAGUUUGGUGAGGUCACUGCACCGACAGCUCGCCAGACAAGCUGUCUCCAAAACAAGUAUGCUUUUCAAUGUGAAUCGCGAACGGUUUCUGUUGCCUUGGCGGUGGUGCUCUUUUUUGUGCAGGCUGUAGUGGCUCUAAGCGCUCUGUUGGCGAUAAACGCUUGCUUCUUCGGACCGCUCGAACCGGGUGACCCUUUGAGGCAGGACUUUGCAUCUUUCCUUGUGGAGCAGAGCGGAUUUUCGCCCAGUAAGAAACAGAAAAUCCCAAGCGGAAACAAACAAUCCGCUGGAGCUAGACAUUUACAUCAUCGAAGACAGCCACUACGACUAACUGAAAUUAUCGCGAUUCUUCUCGGUCCACAUUGGGCAUAUUUUUUCGCGUGGUAUGUUGCAUGGAUUGCCGUAGGCGCGCCAAUCAGUCGUUACCUGGUUCACGGAGUCUACCAGGAGGUCGUAACCGGUUGGCUGCUUAUUUGAUAGCGACAGAAGGCAGAGAACUAGCGCCCCUAGCUCUCGUGAUGAAAAUCCUUCCUUUCCAAUUGUUCACUCCACACCUCCCCUUGUUGAUGCUCUCAGUCACACAUAGACGGCCCUUUCAUCCCAGACACACAGACGACCUCACUCUCAUGGUGGAUACGAAUGGUUACAUCGAUCACCGCCAUGGCGGAAUGAUGUUUCACAAAAUUGACGAUGGCCGUAGGCUCCGUACCUAGUACUUCUUCUCUUGGUUGAAUGACUUUGUUCUACUUGCUUACCUCUGCAGUACAACAUGCUCCACUGAAACAUGCAUUCGCUUAUAAUGUCGUUGAAAAGAGAGCAAAUGCCAAAUUCUCUGCUUUCUGAGUUUUCAUGUCACACCAUUCGACUCUGAUAUCGCACUGUUUUCGCUGCGUC